GACGGUUUCCCUGAAUUUAGUUUUAGUGCUUGUUGUCAGUUGGGAGGAAAGACAGACGUCCUUUGCUGUUUAUGUAUGGUUGAAGACUUGGCUUGUUAGUUAGCCAUGUCUCGCUUUACCAGUGCCUUCAUUGCAUCUCCUUAUAGAAGUGAUCAGGCGCCAAAACCAACUGAUAAGAGGUGGAUUAGGCCUCCAGAGGGCCUUGUUGUACCCCAGGAUGUGGAGAGGGGGCUGGGGCCAUGGAGUAAGGACCAGGGGCCGCCCAGCUCAGACCCCCCUCUCCCCCCUCAGCUGUGGGGACCCAAACGGCAGCUAGGCCAGUCCAGCCCUGGACCCAGGGUUCCCAUGGAUACUGCUACCAGGUACAGGAUGACCAGCAGACAGCAGACAGGAACAGCUAUCCUGGUGCGUGGUUGUCGCAGGCAGAGUCCGCUCCCUCUACAGGGUACAGCUGGAGGGAGACUGGGGCUGUCAGAGGAGGAGGCCAAGGAGCAGAUGGAGAACGACACCGUGGAGUUGGUGAGAGAGCUGGUUACCAUGCCGUCCAGAGACAGAGUCAAAGCUGUACGAGGCCUUCCUGUAAGUCUGGGGGAGCGCAGAAACAUCAGGUGCCGUGUCUUAGCAGAGAAGUUCUCCAGGAGGAGUCUAGAGAGAACAAGCUGCACUGACUGUUUGGAGCAGAUCUCACUGUCUGUUCGUAGGUGCAGCAGUGUGGUGUUUUUCAGACAGUCUCUCUCUCUGUGGCGUGGUUCUCUAAGGGAGAUCAGUGGAAGGUUUGGUUCUGCUGUCCUCUGCUACUUCCUGUUUCUAAGAUGGCUGCUCCUCUUCAACCUCCUCUCUUCCCUCCUCAACCUCUCCUUCAUCACGUUGCCGUGGGCGCUGCUUGGCACCGACACUCAGGGCGCCGGGGCAACUGCCGGGUUCAGGGGACUGGAGCUCCUCACUGGAGUGGGGUGGUUCAACAUGUCCAUGCUGUACUAUGGUGUCUACAGCAGUAACAGUGUGCUGUCCAGUUAUAACAUCCAGCUAGCUUACCUCUUUACCAUCACCUCCUACAUGCUGCUCUGUGGAGCCUCAGUCAUAUACAGCAUGGCAGGGUGUCUCCAGACUGGUGUUGUGGCGUCAGGUGGAGCAGCUCAGAGACGUGGCUCUCUGUCUGGAAGAGGAGAUGACUACUGGAGACUGUUGUGUAGCUGGGACUUCUCUCUGCUGCACCACGCGGACAUACACACACACAGGACCAACCUGCUAGUACAUCUAAAGGAGUCUCUAAGGGAGAGCAGAGUGAAGAGAGAGCUGUCUGUGUCAGACAAGAUGAGGGCCUGUCUGGUCCGUCUGGCUGUCUGGCUUCUGUCUGUCUGUCUGGCUACUGGGGCCUGUGUGGCUGUCUACUACCUCUGUCAGCACAACCUGCAGGUCAGUAGCACAAACACACACCACACACACAUCUUAAUAGCUGUGUUUGUCUAGGAGUCUCUAAGGGAGAGCAGAGUGAAGAGAGAGCUGUCUGUGUCAGACAAGAUGAGGGCCUGUCUGGUCCGUCUGGCUGUCUGGCUUCUGUCUGUCUGUCUGGCUACUGGGGCCUGUGUGGCUGUCUACUACCUCUGUCAGCACAACCUGCAGCGUGUGGUAACGUCCCCCAGUCCAGAGGAUGUCAUGACAGAGGCCUGGUCUCUGCUGCUGCCUGUAGCAGUGUGUGUCCUCAACACCUUCAUAUCACUACUCUACACACACACACACAGACUGGAGCGCUACGAUAGCCCACAUACACGCGUCUACGUCACGGUGCUCAGGAAUGCGAUGCUGAAGGUGUCUAUCCUAGCAGUGUUGUGUUACUACUGGUUAGCGCUGGUCCCCGGCAACGUCCCGUGUGAUUGCCACCAGGUGUGUUGUGAAGCCGGCAGAGUUUGACGUGGCCAGGAACGUUCUAGAUCUGAUCAACGCUCAGACCCUGGCCUGGAUAGGGGUGUACUUCUCUCCUCUCCUCCCUGUCGUUCAGCUCAUCAAACUCUUCCUAAUCUUCCACCUAAAGAAGACCAGUAUAAGGAGCUGCCAUCCUCCCAGCUCCUGGAGUAGGGUGGGUCAGAUGCAGACCCUCUUCAUCUCCCUCCUCUUCCUCCCCUGUUACCUGGGGACUCUGGCCCUGCUGGCAUACACACUCUGGAGUCUCCCUCCCUCUAGUGUGUGUGGUCCGUUCCAGGGCCAAGGCUGGGUGAUGCAGACUGUAGACACACACUAACCCUACCUGUCCUGUCUCGGUCCCCAGUCUCCCUCCCUCUAGUGUGUGUGGUCCGUUCCAGGACCAGGGCUGGGUGAUGCAGACUGUAGACACACACUAACCCUACCUGUCCUGUCUCUGUCCCCAGUCUCCCUCCCUCUAGUGUGUGUGGUCCGUUCCAGGGCCAAGGCUGGGUGAUGCAGACUGUAGACCAGUGGCUAGCCUCCCUUCAGGCCUCUCAGCCCCACUCUGCCUGGCUGGCUUGGAUCAUCAACAUUAUACUACACAGUCAAGUCUUCUACUGCCUCCUAACACUCAUAGUACUGGUGGUGAUGUACUUCCUGUGGCAGGUGAAUCAGGGUCGUAAACGUCUCAUCAUGUCUCUACGGGAACAGAUAGUCAAUGAGGGGAAGGACAAGGCCUUUCUCCUCAGGAGGUUACAGUGUCUACAGAGACAGGGAGCAGGCAGACCUAGACCACAGGUGCACUUCGAGGAGGAGAAACCGACCAGGCCAGAGUCAGGGCAGCUUAGAGAAGAAGCACGCCCUCCUCCCUCCUUCCAACACCCACCCCCCCCCAUGGAGGCCCCCUCCGUGUUCACUCGGCCUCCCUGGGACAGCUCCCCCAGGCUAGGUAGAGCCCAGCCCCCCAGUCCCCGUGGUGGAGCCAGCCCCAGAGGCAGCCCUGGUCGCGGCCGGACCCCAGCCAGCAGGCAGGCGUGCUGGGUAGAGGAGGAGCGACCAGCCCCUCCCCCUCCAGAUCCACUGUGGCCAGUCAGGGGUAGAGGAUGGCUUCAGGGAAGGCCCCACGGGGGGCCCAGAUUGGAGCCGCUGCCUUCCCGCGAGGUACCCGUCCUGCCUGGGUCGGUGCCUGAGAGCGCCCCCCCUCCCCCACAGAGACCUGGGUCCAGCAGAGCAGAGGUGAACCAGGGACAACAUCAGUCCUAGCUAGACUCAGAGAGAGGAUAGGAGCCCACAUCAACUGUCGGGCUCAGACAUGGUCUGCUUCCAAAAUGCCACCCUAUUCCUUAGGACUCAGGUCAAAUGUAGUGCACUAUGUAGGGAAUAGUGUGCCAUAGAGCUCUGGUCUAAAGUAGUGUACUAUGUAGGGAAUAGGGUGUUGUCCCAGAAGAAGAUUUAAGUGUUAGUUAGUUGAGAUAAAGGGAGUUGUUAUAUUGGGUGGUGUCUUUUUGAUGAAUAUAACAAAGGUUUAAGUGCUAGUUAGUUAGUUGUGAUAAAGGUAGGUGAUCUUUAUGCUGAGUUAUGUUGAUAUGUUGAGUUAUGUUGAGUUAUGUUGAUAUGUUGAGUUAUGUUGAGUUAUGUUGA